AGAAUUCCAUAGGCUCGUCGGCUCGCCAACCACCAGUUGAAGAUGGACUUGACGGAUGCGUAAAGAAAACAACGGGAUGUGGUACCGAAUCGCAUUUGGAUAACCGGUUCGAGAGUUGAUGGUUGCUACGACUGCGACGCUGACAUUGGCUCCCCUGACCUUGACCUUGACCCCUGAAGCGGUUUCGAGCAGCUUGAACACUCGAAACCGGAUGGGUGAUAGUUCAUGCUAUUAUUGUCAGGUACGAGACGCGCAUCAUAACCAGCAGAAGUGAGGGGACGGAACAGAUGCAUAGGCAUUGAUAAACCGAGGAGCCCCAUAGCCUUGAUCGUCCUAGUCCGACUCUCUGUGUUUCUUCCUGGACGUGGUUAAUUUCAUUGCCAACGGGCACGGCGUCGGCACCACGGUCAUUAUGAUGGACACCCUAGUCCUUACCUUGGUCAAGGGACUUCCCUUGUUAGCUCUGGGUGUGGCAGCGGGAGCGACAUACCCUCCAAUUCCUGUCGAUCUGACCACGCCCGUCCAGCACCGCAUCGCCAUCAACAGCCCGACGUCCGUCCGCAUCGCCUGGAACACCUACCAGCAACUCAGCCAGCCGUGCGUGCAAUACGGCACAUCGCCAUCCUCCCUCGGCUCCCAAUCCUGCUCAACCUCGUCCAUCACCUACCCGACAUCGCGCACAUGGGCCAACGUGGUCACCAUCGACGGCCUUGCAUCCGCCACCACAUACUACUACAAGAUCGUCUCGACCAACUCCACGCUCGAGACAUUCACCAGCCCGCGCCUACCGGGCGACAAGACGCCCUUCAACAUCAGCAUCGUCAUCGACCUCGGCAUCUACGGCAAAGACGGCUACACGAUCGAGCAAGACGAGACCAAGCGGGACCUGAUCCCCUCCAUCGACCCGUCGCUCAACCACACCACCAUCGGCCGGCUGCGCGACAACAUCGACAAGUACGACUUCAUCGUGCACCCGGGCGACAUCGGCUACGCCGACGACUGGAUCCUCAAAGCGCACAACUGGCUCGACGGCAAGGACGGCUACCAAGCCAUCACCGAGACCUUCUUCAACCAGCUGGCGCCCAUCUCGGCGCAGAAACCCUACAUGACCAGCCCCGGUAACCACGAAGCUUCGUGCCAAGAGGUGCCGCACACCAGCGCCCUGUGUCCCUCUGGCCAAAAAAAUUUCACCGACUUCAUCAACCGCUUUGGCCGCGUCCUGCCCACCGCUUUUAGUUCUACCUCGCCCGACUCCGCAGCCAAGGUCAACGCCAACAAGGCCCGUCUCCUCGCCAACCCGCCCUUCUGGUACUCGUUCGAGUACGGCAUGGCGCACAUGGUCAUGAUCGACACGGAAACCGACUUCGAGGACGCGCCCGACCAGCCCGGCGGGAGUGAGGGACUCAACGGGGGGCCCUUCGGCUCGUACCUGCGUCAGCAGCUGGACUUUUUGGAGGCUGACCUCGCGUCGGUCGACAGGUCUGUUACCCCCUGGGUUGUUGUAGCGGGCCACAGGCCGUGGUACACCACGGGCGGCGGGAGCGAUUGCCAGCCGUGCAAGAAGGCGUUUGAGCCGCUGUUUUACAAGUAUGGGGUUGAUUUGGGCGUGUUUGGGCAUGUGCAUAACAGCCAGAGGUUUGCGCCGGUGGUGAAUGACACCGCGGACCCGGCGGGGAUGGAGAAUCCCAAGGCGCCCAUGUAUAUCGUGGCCGGUGGCGCGGGGAACGUGGAGGGGUUGAGUAAGGUGGGCAAGAAUGUGUCGACGAAUCGGUUCGCGUAUGAUGACGCGUUUAGCUAUGCGACGGUUAAUUUUCUGGAUGAGCAGCGGAUGCAGGUGGACUUUAUCAAGAGCGAGACGGGCGAGAUUUUGGAUCGGUCCGUGUUGUUUAAGAAGCAUGAUCAGAGGUUUGUUGUGCAGUGAGCGUCUGUUAGGAAUUUACUUAAUGAAGAUGGCUUUGUGAUGA